GAAGGAUCGUAGAGGUAGAAACCCCAUAAGAGCAUAUAGGAUAAUAGAGAGGUGCCGUUGGUUUAAAAAGAGCAAGCAAAAGCCGAAGAUCACAGUUGUCUGACUUCUUUCGGAGGAACUAUCAAGAGGAACUGCUGGAACUCUUGUGAGAUAAAAUCGUCAAUCUUCGGCGGCUGACGAUCAUUUUCCUGCUACAUUUGCGACAAGUUCGUGGUUUUACUUUUGGUUUCAACCGAAGAUCAGCAAGUAAAUCAUCAUGGCUUUCAUCUCCAUUGGAGAUAAAUUGUGGGCCGAGGAUGGACUAAAAGCACAACUAGAUCGUCAGGGCAGUCUCACAGUAAUUGGUCCCGAAGAGCACUUGGUCUAUUACCCAGAAGUUGGCUAUCCAAUGCGCUCAGUCAAUGAUGGUGAACAGUACAUAUCAAGGAAAGUCGCUUUUGCUCACUACGAGGAUGUGGCGACAGCAUCUUCUUCAAAUACUACCACGGGUUCAGGGCUCCCAAGCAGGUGUCCCUCGUGGAGAUGGUGGUUAUCUUGAAGCGGAAGCGAAAUCUGCCAAAGUAAUCCUUUUUUAUACCUACCAAGAUCCACAGCUGGACUUUUAGUGACUUUUUUAGCAAUACGAAUUAUGUAUCCACUGUAACAUUUUAUCCCCGUUAAAUUAAUAUAAAGUCUGCAUAUAUGUACACUUUCAUUUUUACCUCUGGCUUUUAUCCAUUUAUAAUAUGUUGGCUACCUUUAUAGACACCAUUCUUCAGUGUUCUCAGAGCAUGCAUUUUUAGUUGUAUAGCGUAUCGGUAUGUAGGUAUAUAACAUAAAUAUUUUCAAUUCCUAGUAUCACCCGUUUGGACCUGAAGAUAGUCAGUUGUUUGCUGAAGGUAAUCUUCAAUGGGGGUACGCAACAACACAAAAUGGCGGCGAUGUGUACAUAGUCUAUGGGCCCGACGAAUACUUUGGAGUAAACGCAAUAGUUGAAGAAUAUGAAGUGCUGCGUCCAGUUAAUGACUAUGAAGUCUACAUCUCAAAUGAAGUUGCUUUCGCCUUCUAUGAUGGAUGUCACCAUAAUGUCUUCUUUGAGUACUAUGACGGCUUUUAUCCACCGUCAAUAUGCCCAGUCCUAGUUGGUGCAGCUGGGCACCUUGACGAGGAUUCUGUCAAUCUUCCAUAAAGUUCUGACUACUAUAUAUAUAGCUCUAGCUAUAUCCAUUAAGUUGCUGAUGUUAUAAAAAUUUUGAUGAUUUUUUUUAUUGCAACAGUAAAAAAUCUAAUGUUAAAUUAGUAUCAGUCCAUAUUGUCACCUCUUAGCACGCUGACAUGAUGUGUGAUGAUAGUGCACAAUAAUGCUGUUGCACUGCUAAUUCUUACCACACUUUCCCCCAUACAGUCAUCAUCAGAGGGGUUGACCCUAUCACGUGGGGAGUGUGAGGGAUGUAAGCAGAUAAAGGACACACUGGUAGAGAGCUACGAGUAUCAGUGUGGCGGAGAAGAACACUGCAAACUAUGCGAAGAAUGCCG